GGAGGUUUUCUGCUUCGGACAUCGCCCGAAGAGCUAUGAAGGGCUGGCUGCUCCUGGUUGCUGCUUUUCUUCUCUGCCCAAGUUGCUCUUCUCAAAAUGAAAUUACAUGCAGCCCUCCAAGAAUAUCUAAUGGUUCCUUCCGACCUCAAAGAACUACAUAUCAAGAUGGGGAUCUAAUUCGAAUUCAGUGUGACCAUGGAUUUAAUUUUGAAGCAGAUAAUGCAGAAAAGGUGGUUGAAUGCACAAGGAAUGGAUGGUCACGUUCACCAAAAUGUGUCGAAAUUACAUGCAACCCUCCUGGAAUAGCUAAUGGUUCUUUCCAACCUCAAAGAACUAUAUAUCAAGAUGGGGAUCUAAUUCAAAUUCAGUGUGACCCUGGAUUUAAUUUUGAACCACAUAAUGCAGAAAAGGUGGUUGAAUGCACAAGGAAUGGAUGGUCACGUUCACCAAAAUGUGUUGAAAUUACUUGCCAGGCAGACUAUAUUGAACAUGGAACCAUAUUAUCUGUAAAGAACAUUUAUAAGGAAGCUGACAGAAUACGAUUCUCCUGUGAUGAAGGAUAUACACAUGUUGACAGAUCAGAUGCAUUAUGUACUGAGAAUGGAUGGGGUACAAAACUUCAGUGUAUAG